AUGAAGGUGACUGCCGUUCUAGCUGCUACUACCACCAGCAGUACCACUACUACUCUUCCUAGUACUACUGCCGAUACUGACGGUCGCGCGACUUUGUCCUCCACGCACGUCGUCCGUCGCGUGCCCAUGUGGCUUUCCCUCGCUGCCGCCGUCCUCUGGACCACGACGACGCACACUCCCCGGUCGCGUUGUUCCGCGUUGGCCUGGCGUGGAACCAACACCGCCAUACGUCCACGACGACUCUCGACGCAACGCGGGACCGCCAUCCGUACCAAUACUAUCCAUACCGCCACUACCGGUACGACGGCUACCUUUACUCCCACCAACAACCACCAAACGUCAACCUCCAUUCCGACCGUGACCCUCAAACGGUCCCCACAAUCCAAAUCCUUCCGCAACGGCAACGUACUGGUCUUUACCCGAGCCAUUGACGAAGACGAAUCCACGAACCUCCCACGGUUACUCCCCGGGCAGCUCGUGCACGUGGUGGUUCCCGAUACCCAAUCGUCCUCACCCAAGUCUGCCAAACGUCCCGCCUCCUCCCCAUCGACCACCACACCCCUGUUGUCCCUGGGAUACGGCGUGUACAAUCCCAAAUCACUCUACAAAAUUCGCUUUCUCUGUCACAAAACCACGCACGGAGUCCUGUACGAACGCAUACGCCAGUAUCCAGCCAACAACCCGUCCAACGACGCGGAACUUAUCCGACUCAUUGUGACGUAUCAUUUGCAAAAUGCCUGGCAUACUCGUCAGUACGGGUUGGGACUCCCCAGUCAAGCAUUGGUAGGCCCCGACGUCCGUCCCGUAUCUCUCGAAACGACUACUACGCCAUCAUCAUCAACCACAACAAUCAGCCCCGCCACACCUUCCCUCUAUACUACCAAUACCUACCGACUCGUUCACGGCGAAGGAGACGCCUUGUCUGGAUUGGCCGUUGAUCUGAUUGACAACGUUGCUGUCGUCAUGAGUAGUGCCUCUUGGUGUCAAGUCCACCAAGCCGCCAUUGUCGCUGCACUCCGGCACGUAUUGCCGUCCUCCUUUGACAUUGUUUGGCGAACCACCGGGUCCCGCUUGCGGCAGGACGGGUAUCAAUCCGAAUCCAACGAAAACAACAAGAAGACCAUUGACGACGAAGAUCAGGACGAACACGCCAUGGUAAUCGACUCCGACCAACCCCCCGAUACGCCCGUGCUAUCUUUGGAAAAUAGUGUGGCGUACCGAGUCUACCCCUACGCGAACGGUCAAAAGACUGGCGUCUACUGCGACCAGCGCGACAAUCGAGCCCUCCUCGCCACCCUUUGCCGAGACAAGCGCGUUCUGGAUUUAUGCUGCUACCACGGCGGCUUUGCCCUCAACGCUAUUCUCAACGGCCACGCAAGUUUUGUCACCGGAGUGGAUUCUUCCGCCGACGCCAUUGCCGCCUGUCACGAAAACGUGCGGUUGAACGAAAUUGGCGACGACCGGACGGAAUUCGUCAAGGACGACGUCACGCACUUUUUGCAGGCAUCCUUCGGCACACGCGAAUACGACGUCGUCGUUCUGGACCCGCCUAAACUCGCUCCCAGCGUCGCAACCUUGGACAAGGCCCGACGCAAAUAUCACGGUCUCAACCGCGACGCGAUCAAAGUAGUCAAUCGAGAAAAGGGCGGCUUGUUUCUGACCUGCACCUGCUCGGCCGCCAUGACUCAGAAGGAUGGCGGUCAGUACUUUCUAAACAUGGUACACGGAGCCGCCUUGUCGGCAUCCCGACAGGUGCGCUUGUUGCGCGUCACCGGGGCGGCCGCCUGUCACGUCCAAUCCCCGGCGGCCUUCCCGGCCGGCAACUACCUCACCGCCGCGCUCUUCUACGUGGCGCCCGAGUAA